AUGUCUAAGACAAAGGUCACUACCAAGGCUGAGAAGCCUAGCAAGGUCGCCGCGAAGGUCGUCUCUAAGGAGAAGAAGAGCAACAAGAAGAAGGAGCCUACCCCCAGCAGCAGCUCUGAGUCUGAGUCUGAGUCCGAGUCCGAGUCCGAGGCCUCUAGCGACGAGUCUAGCUCUGAGGAGGAGAAGCCUGCCCCCAAGAAGGCGGCCCCUGCUAAGAAGGCUGCCAAGAAGGAGGAGUCUUCCGAGUCUUCCGACUCAUCAAGCGAGUCUGAAUCUGAAUCUGAGUCUGAGUCUGAGUCUGAGGACGAAAAGCCCGCUCCCAAAAAGGCGGCUCCUGCUAAGGAGGCUGCUAAGAAGGAGGAAUCUUCCUCCGAGUCCGACAGCGAUGAGGAGAUGAAGGAUGGCAGCAGCAGCGACGAGAGCUCCAGCUCUGAGGACGAGAAGCCUGCUCCUAAGAAGGCUGCUCCCGCCAAGAAGGCCGCUCCCGCCAAGAAGGCCGCUAAGAAGGAGGAGUCUUCUGAUUCUUCUGAGUCUGAGUCGGAGUCUGAGUCUGACUCCGACUCGGACUCCGAGGAGGCUCCCGCCAAGGCUGAGAAGGCUUCCGAGUCCAGUUCCGACAGUUCCGACAGCUCUGACAGCUCUGACAGCGAGAGUGACUCUGAGGAUGCUAAGCCCUCCAACAAGCGCAAGGCCGAGGAGGAGCCCGUCGCCACCAGCAAGAAGACCAAGACCGAGGCUCCCGAGGGCGCCAGCGCUAACCUCUUCGUUGGAAACCUGUCCUGGAACGUUGAUGAGGAGUGGCUCCGCUCUGAGUUCGAGAGCUUCGGCGAGCUUUCCGGCUGCCGUAUCGUGACUGACCGUGAAUCCGGUCGUUCUCGUGGAUUCGGCUACGUCGAGUUCACUGACGCUUCCAGCGCUGCUGCCGCUUUCGAGGCUAAGAAGGGUGCUGAGAUCGAUGGACGUCCCAUCAACCUGGACUACGCUACCGGCCGCCAGAACAAGGAGCAAGGCGGUGCCCAGGCCCGCGCUAGCAAGUUCGGUGACCAGACCAGCCCCGAGAGCGACACCCUCUUCGUCGGCAACCUUCCCUUCAGCGCGACUGAGGAUGCCCUUCGUGACAUCUUCUCUGAGGCCGGUAACAUCUCGAGCAUCCGUCUGCCUACUGAGCAGGAGACUGGCCGCCCCAAGGGUUUCGGUUACAUUACCUUCUCUUCCAUUGAUGAGGCCCGCGCUGCUAUGGCUCAGAACGGCGUUGAGCUCGAGGGCCGCAGCCUCCGUCUCGACUACUCCACUCCUCGCCCUGACCGUGGUGCCGGUGGUGGCUUCGGUGGUCGCGGCGGUGGUGGUUUCGGAGGCCGUGGCGGUGGUGGCCGUGGUGGUGGCCGUGGCCGCGGUGGCUUCGGUGACCGUGGAGGCCGUGGUGGCCGUGGUGGCUUCGGUGGUGGCCGCGGUGGCUUCAACAAGGCCUCCGGUGGUAUCCCCUCCGGUGGUGUCAAGGGCAACAAGAUCACUUUCUAA